CUAUUGCACGUGCGGAGUGUAGAACAAAUGGCAGCUUUUGAUAAAUACGUUGACGAAGCCGCUUUAAUUGCUUUGCCCAGUUCUGAUGACGAGGCUGAUAUCGAUGACGAGGAUACCUGUAGCGCUCCUGAAUUGACAGCUCAGUUUCAAUUGCAUUUCAAACCGCAGGAUGAGUCAGUGGUUUCCCUAAAGCAUGAUUAUGUCUUGAAAAUUUGUGCAGAUAGUACCUUUGUGCGUAUAGCCGCUGGUCUAUCCAGCACUGCCGUACAAUUAUAUGACCUUUCGACUGCUGGUGAUCUAAGUGCGGUAUAUUUGGACCGUGUACCAAAGAUACUACCAACAGGUAAAAGGAAGGUAAUAACUAUUUGUGGUGUCGGGUUUCUUGACAGUGGUCCCGACACGCUGCUGGUGGGUACCACUGAUGGUGUGGUACGGCUCUUUGACUUGCGUACUACGGGAGAGCAAGCGAGAUUUGAGUAUAACCAUGUUAAAAAUGCUUUUCCGGUUAUACCCAAAUCGAUGACGUGCUUUGAUUGUAAUGCAAAUGGGCGAAUUUUGUGCACUGGUACGGAAGAGUACUCGAAUAAUGCCUGCCUUCUGUUUUACGAUGUGAGGGAAAGGAAGCACCUGGGUGCAUAUUUCGAGAGCCAUUCAGAUGAUGUGACAUCUAUAAGAUUUCAUCCACGCAAACCGGAUCUAUUGUGUUCGGGAGCCACCGAUGGAUUGAUCAAUGUGUACAACAUCCAAGAAAAUUUUGAGGAUGAAGCGCUUUUGAACACCUUUAAUACGGAGAGCAGUGUGCAAAGGUUGAAUUGGCAUCGAAACGUCUUUGAACAGGAUGUCAUUUCCUGCAUUACACACACAAACGAUUUCAAGAGCUAUGAGUGCCAGGAGGGUGAUGAACUAGCAGCAUUUGAGCGUUCCGCCAUAACUGAAAGUAUUCGACGUAAGAAUGCAGCCAACUUUAACUUGAUAAACGCUCAUAAUUUGGAAGAUAACGGAGUGUUUCUUUUGGCUGGCACCAAUUUCAAUAAAGGAGAGAUUAUGCGAUCUGUUAGUAUCAGCAAUAAGGAGACGCUCACUCCGUUAGCAAACUUCGUGGGCAAUAAGCAAAUAGUUCGUGAUAGUCUCUACGACUCGAAGCGAAACUUGCUUGUCACAGGGGGAGAGAGUGGCAUUGUGACAGUGUGGACAACGAACACUUCAAGCACCUCGGCCAGUAGCAGCAAGGACCUGAAGAGCAAAACGAAAUCGAAGUCACAUAAGACAACUCCAUAUUAAUACUACUUUCUUAGGGUCUCGCCAGAUUAAAGGAGCUCCCAACACUCCUGGGUUGACACUCCUACAUAGCCAUAUUUAUAUGAUAAAUUGUUUAAACUUAGGCAAGUAGGCAAGUAAAAAAUGUUAGCAAUAAAAAUUGUUUUAGGCCCACAUUUGAGGCACGGGAACAGAAA